ACCAAUUUCACUCACUUUCAUUCACAGGUAUGGCAUCACAAUGGGUUGUGGUAGCAUCAUUCCUUCUUUGUUGCUUAGCACAAACUUGUUAUGGUGGUGUUCUAUUCUCAUCCUUGCAAAGAACCAUUGUUGUCACGGCUUCCCCCAAGGAGGGACAAGUUCUUAAUGCCGGAGUGGACAAAAUCACUGUAACAUGGGCUCUUAACAAGACUGAACCAUAUGGAAUAGACUCCACCUACAAGACCAUCAAGGUGAAGCUAUGCUAUGCGCCGGUUAGCCAACAUGACCGCCCGUGGAGAAAGACGGAGGAUAAUCUCUCCAGGGACAAGACAUGCCAGCAUAAGAUUGUUUGGAAGCCCUACGAUGCCUCCAACAAGACAGCGCAAAGCUUUGAGUGGACCAUUGGGAGUGACGUCCCCACGGCCACGUACUUCAUACGCGCCUACACGUAUGAUCAAAACAACAUGGAAGUGGGAUAUGGUCAAACCACAAACGAGAAGAAGAGUACCAAUUUGUUUGAGAUAAAUGGAGUCACUGGAAAACAUACCUCACUUGACAUAUCCUCUGUUUGCUUUAGUGUUUUCUCUGUGGUGGCAUUUUCUGUGUUCUUCUAUAUUGAGAAGAGAAAAGGAAAGGUUGCUUCUUCUGUAGAACAAAAGUGAUUACGUGAUAUGCAAGUAAUCCAAAGCAUGCUGUUAUACUUACAGAUGCUAUGUAUUUGGUCUGUAGUAAGAGAAAUGCUUCGCAGAAGAGAGUGCAUAGCUUAAUUCAUUGUCUUA